AUGGAAAGUUCUGCAACACAACUAGGCCUGUUCUCUCUGGCCCUAGACACACCUUUCAUGAACUUGUUAGAUCAAGGUUUUCUUCACUCAAGGGAUCCAGAGAAGGCCUUGAGUGUUCAGUUUGCCUGUCUGUCAAAGUUUGAAGACAGUGAAGUUCUUCGGUUGUUGCCCAAGUGCAGGCAUGCAUUCCAUAUGGAUUGCAUCGAUAAAUGGCUAGAAAGCCGUUGCAGCUGUCCCCUUUGCAGAUGGAGUGAUGUUAACCCUUCAGACUUGAUGUUGUUGAAGUCUGAGAUGCUUAAUAUCAUAUUAAGCAAGAGACUCUCUCUUUUGAAUUCAAGUGUCGAGUUCCACCAUGGCUUUUCCAUGAACGAACAAAUUGUGAAGAUUAAGGAGGACUUGGAUAGGAAGAGACUGUAUGAGUUUAAAGUUGGUAAAAUGAAUAUGAGUCAUUCAAUUUCUACUUCAAGCUUUCCCUUUGAUUCUAAAAAUGAAGGAAACCAAACUGCAAGCUCAAGACUACUAAUUCCAGCUCAGAACAGAUCAUUGUCAGAGAUCACCAACAUUUCGAGGUUCAGAGAGUUCAGGACAAGAAACAGGAUCAUAUAA